UCCUUCUAAACUAGCUUCUUCAUUCAAUCCCCCUCUCUCUCUCUCUUAACACAUUCAAACAUUGUUAGCUAUCUUCUCAUGGAACCUUGAAAUUUCCUGUUCUUGCUACAAAGAGGAAAGGAAACUAAAAGAAGAGGGAGACGCACAAGAUUUUUGUAUUCUUUAUAGUAUUAGAAUAUGUCUUUCUUUACUGGUUUGAUCAUCGGAAUGUCCAUCGGGAUUGGGUUGAUGGUAGCAUAUGCUCGUUACCAGAAUAUCCGAUCUUUACGUCGCUCUCAAUUGGCCAAGACAGUGGCUGCAUUCGCGAGGAUGACAGUGCAAGAUUCACGAAAACUUCUGCCAGACGAGUUCUAUCCACCUUGGGUUGUCUUUUCACGGAGGCAAAAGUUAACUUGGCUGAAUCUCCAGCUUGACAAGAUUUGGCCUUACGUUGACGAGGCGGCAUCAGAGUUGAUAAAAAGUAAUGUGGAGCCAAUUCUUGAACAAUAUAGACCGGUUAUACUAUCAUCUCUCAAGUUUUCCAAAUUAACCCUUGGCACUGUGGCUCCACAGUUUACAGGAAUUUCCAUUCUCGAGCAAGGUGGAGACCCUGGGAGUGUCACCAUGGAGUUGGAGAUGCAGUGGGAUGGCAAUCCAAACAUUGUACUUGAUAUCAACACCAGAGUUGGUUUAGCACUUCCCAUACAGGUAAAAAAUAUUGGAUUCACAGGGCUUUUCAGGUUAAUCUUCAAACCACUGGUUGACGAGUUUCCUGGUUUUGGAGCUGUUUCUUAUUCCUUGAGAGAAAAGAAAAAGCUGGAUUUUACACUUAAAGUUAUUGGUGGUGAGAUAUCAGCAAUCCCUGGGAUAUCUGAUGCUAUUGAGGAAACAAUAAGGGAUGCCGUUGAAGAUUCUAUAACAUGGCCAGUUAGGAAAAUUGUAUCGAUAUUACCUGGCGAUUAUAGUGACCUGGAGGUGAAGCCUGUUGGUAUAUUAGAGGUGAAGCUAGUGCAGGGCAAGGAGUUGACCAAUAAAGAUAUUAUUGGGAAAUCUGAUCCUUUUGCAGUCUUGUUUGUACGUCCACUGCGUGACAGAACAAAAACCAGCAAAACAAUUAAUAACCAGUUGAAUCCUAUCUGGAAUGAACACUUUGAGUUCAUAGUUGAAGAUCCCUUAACUCAACACUUGACAGUAAGAGUUUUUGAUGAUGAAGGAGUUCAGGCCUCUGAACUCAUUGGUUGUGCUCAAGUGGCACUAAGGGACCUUGAACCUGGAAAAGUGAAGGAUGUAUGGUUGAAACUAGUCAAGGAUUUGGAGGUCCAGAGAGAUACUAAAUAUAGGGGUCAGGUUCACUUGGAGCUCUUGUACUGUCCAUACGGCACAGAAAGCAGCCUUAAAAAUCCUUUUAAUCCUGAUUUCCAGCUAACCACCUUAGAGAAGGCUAUUAAGGCUGGAACUCGCGAAACAGAUGAUGCUGCUCUUAAAAUAUCAACAUCUCAGAAGAAAAAUGUCAUCGUGCGAGGAGUACUAUCGGUUAAUGUGGUAGCUGCAGAAAACUUGCCAGCGGUAGACUUGUUGGGAAAGGCUGAUCCUUAUGUUGUCCUUCAGAUGAAAAAAUCUGAUACAAAAGUGAAGACUAGGGUUGUAAAUGAGAGCCUGAAUCCUGUUUGGAAUCAAACAUUUGACUUUGUUGUAGAGGAUGCAUUACAUGAUAUGCUAAUUUUGGAGGUUUGGGACCAUGACACUUUUGGAAAAGAUAAAAUUGGAAGAUGCAUCAUGACACUCACCAGGGUUCUUUUAGAAGGGGAAAUUCAGGACAGUUUUCCACUAGAUGGUGCUAAAUCAGGGAAGCUUUUUUUGCAUCUCAAGUGGACGCCACAGCUAAAAUUCAGGGAUCCUUGAUAAAUCAGACUAGAUAAACGACACUUUCAUUUUUUUUGAAAUACAAGAUCCCUGCUUGUUCUUCUCUCUGCAUACAAGAAGGCCAAACAAUAAGAUCUCAACAUAUGUGAUUGUGAAGCUGUUAAAAAAAUUUAUAAAGAAGAAGAAGAAGAAGAUACAAAUUAUCCUUGCCUCCUGUAUAAAGCAUAGUUUGACUUUAUUUCAUGCUACUUAGAGUUUCUGCCAUUAAAGCUAAAUGAAAAUUUCAAAUUCUUUAUUGUGAUACAAUAUAUGAACAUUCUACUGUAGUAGAUUGAAUGGAAAGUAUUGAUGAA